CGGCUUUGCGGGCCUGUUUUCACAGAGAUCCAUUGUUUUAACUUAACGCCGGACAACUGGGCGGCCUUAGGGUAAACCCCGCUGCCCCUCUUGAGCGGGAUCGCAAUCAAUGCGAUAUAAUAGCUGGCAUCUCGCCGCAAUCUUUGCAGCUGCAGCGAACCUGUACCAAAACCCUGUAUCGAAUUAUUAGUAACAUCGCAUACAAUCACGACAAUGGCAGAGAAAAAGAUGGAAUACGUCAACUUGGGAAAGUCGGGCCUCAAGGUCUCCAAGGUCAUCUUGGGCGCCAUGAGCUACGGCACUUCCAAAUGGCAGCCAUGGGUUCUGGACGAGGAUGAGAGCUUGCCACUCCUUGAGCAUGCAUACAAGUGCGGCAUCAACACCUGGGAUACGGCCGACAUCUACUCUCACGGCGUGUCCGAAAAGAUUGUUGCCAAGGCGCUGAAGACAUACAACAUCCCACGCAACAGGGUCGUCAUCCUCUCAAAAUGCUACUUUGGUGUCAGGGAAGAAGAUCCUUCGAUACAGAUUUCAGAGGUGGCUGUAAACGACGGCGAUAUGGUUAACCAAGUCGGUCUCAGCCGCAAGCAUAUCUUUGACGCGGUUGAGAAGAGCGUGGAAAGACUAGGCACAUACAUUGAUGUCCUGCAGAUUCACCGUCUGGACCGCGGCACACCCAGGGAGGAAAUUAUGAAGGCCUUGAACGACGUGAUUGAGAAGGGCUGGGUCCGGUAUAUUGGCGCCAGCUCCAUGGCUGCAUGGGAGUUCCAAACCUUGCAAAACAUUGCCGACAAGAACGGCUGGCACAAGUUCAUCUCGAUGCAGAACUACUACAACCUGAUUUACCGCGAGGAGGAGUGUGAAAUGAUUCCAUACUGUCAAGACACUGGCGUCGGCCUCAUCCCAUGGUCCCCCAUCGCCCGCGGUGUCCUCACCCGUCCUUGGAAUGAUCGAUCGACAAAGCGCGCAGAAACCGACAAGGUCCAGUCCGUACUUUUCCGCAAUAGAGACGAGGAUAACAACAAGAAGAUCGUUGAUCGAGUCGAGGAGGUUGCGAAGAAGAACAACGUCAGCAUGGCAUGCAUCGCCACAGCAUGGACUAUCAAAAAGGGCGUGUGUCCUAUUAUCGGCCUAAACAGCAAGGAAAGGAUUGAAGAGGCGGUACAGAACGUGCACUUCAAGCUCAGUGACGAGGAUGAAAAGUAUCUUGAAGAAUUAUACCUGCCCAAGGCCAGACAGGGUUUCUAGAGAAGAAAGGUUAGAAAGACACAUUGACUAGAGUUGAAAUGAAUGUCUUAGGGCCAGGAUAUGUUUUGUUCUAUGCGCCAAGACGUCUUGGGUGAUUGAAUUCGCCACUCCAACCUAGUCACGAGUUGUGUUUCCAAAUUCAAAGGACAUUCAACAGCAGAUGCUGGUCAAAGACUGAUCGAGGUCCAUAGGUGGUGACCGCUCCAAAUGC